CAACACUUGGAAAGACAGCGGAGCGGCUGCCUUCCUGUGAGUUCCUACUCUUCCCUGAAAUGCCACCCGAAGUUGUCCAACACCUAGCGAAACAGAACCGGGUACCUCAAAACCCAAGGCCAAAAGAACUGGCUACAACGUAUGGAUGGCAACACUACCGGGUCCGGCAACCAAGAAGGCGUCAGGGACUGCCGAACCCAAGGACACAAAUGCAAAAACCCCACUCUCACCCUCUGUCCAACAUACACCCCCACGGGGUUCUUUUGAACUCGUCGAGCGUCCUCCAACUUUCACUCAGCCCUGGAUAACAUUCAUGAAGCCCUCCAAGACUCCACCAUCCAAAGCUCCCUUCAGAUCGGCCAGAUGGUUCGGGAUUUCGCUUACGAGUCCCUCAACUUCGAAUCCGGCCCAGAUGUAGGCAUGAUUCUGGCUAUUAUCAGCUCCGCCUUUGGAAUAAUUGGCGGCCUUGCCUCUCCCAUAAGGGGUGUAGCUGGCCUCUUUGGCACCUUUGGCUUAACAGGUGCCAGAGCAGCCAAAGUGGCGACUUUUUAGUCGCCACUUUGGCUGGGUCGACUAACUUGGGAGCGGGAGUGACAACAUGGUCGGGGCAACGUGCCUUGAGGAUGAGGAGCCAGAUACAGAGUCAGUGACUGUGGGUGUUGCGACUAGGUUGGCUCAGGUCUUUGGGUUCUUCACAGAGGCAAUCGAAGAUAUGCGUCUUACAAUCUUUAACGGUGAGGAGAAGCCCAAUGGGAAGAGCUUGACCUUUCAUGAUAUUGGGCCGAUUGCACCGUUUGGGGAGAAUGAGAACACUAAUGGUAUUGGGAUUGAUCUUGAUGCUAACCCUGAUGUGUUACCACCUCCCCGGUGGCGCAGUUCUUUGGGGAAAAAGUCCCUCAUCUCUGGUCUUUUAGAAGAUAUCAGGGCCUUCAUCAUGCGCGACUCCUCCAGCGAAGGCCGAGACCGCUGGUGCAACAAGGCCGGUGCUCUUGAUAUCGACGGUGAAUGCUGGUUCAUUCUCCGGGCUAACCCCAAGGAUCCAUACCUCACCCGCGAGAUUGAAGAUACAGCUAUGAACUCGUUUGCUAACUACGAUAUCAAUAUUGAACACGUCUACCGCAACGCUAUUGCCUGCCAGGAUAAGCUGGGUGAUGGCCAGUUUGAUGAGUGGAACUCAGUCUUCAACAACAUGGGGACUGAUUUUCUUCAGGCCCCGCCAAUGGAUGAGAAUGGGUAUCCUGAAUGCUUCUGGGGUUCGUUGCCUGUGUUCAGUGUGACGGAUGCCUCGAGGGAGAACGCGCUGGCUGCUUUGGCUGUUGAGGCUGCGACGGAUGGGAUUUGUGUGUCGACUGCGUUCCCUGGGCCUUUCAAAAGUGAUCUUAUCAAGGCGCCGGAGUACCUUGGGGUGAAUGACUGUCCUUAUGUCAGCGGCAUAUGA